GCCCUCAUGCGGUCCUCUGGCCCUGUCGUAAGUCCACAGGCAGGCACAUGACUGCAAAACCCUGCACCGAAUCUCAGUCAAACUGCGAUUACACAAAUGCUACGUUCUGGGCGGAUGUAACAUACGGCUCUGGUUUCCUUGACGACCAGCCUGACCAACCUGCUGCAAAGGCCAGUCGCUCUCAGUCGUAAACUUCUCAGAAGUGUGGAGUUGUGUGGCCGUCUGCCUCACCUCUCUGAUCCACAGGGCAGCAAUGCAUGUCGUUCAGCAGGACGAAAAGAUCGAUAUCGUGUUGAGAAAUCAAGGAGCAACAGACUCGACGUUCGAAAUUUCAGAAAGCAGCCACAGCCCUGUAAAGACAGUCAAGGCCCAACCCUGCAAGCACGGUUUGGAAGCGUGUCUGGACCAAAAGCUGGAAAACAAUCUUAUCUACUCCAUCAGCGAUCGCCCACCCUGGUACCUGUGCAUUCUUCUGGGUUUCCAGCAUUACAUCCUGGCAUUCGGAGGCAUCUUGGCCAUUCCUCUCAUCCUAGCCGAGCCGUUGUGCAUCAAGGAGAACAAUGCUGCUAAAAGUCAGCUCAUAUCCACCAUCUUCUUCGUCUCGGGUCUGUGCACCUUGCUUCAGACCACCCUUGGGACCAGAUUGCCAAUUCUGCAAGGGGGAACGUUCACUUUCAUCACCCCGACCCUGGCCAUCCUCGCGCUGCCCAAGUGGAGAUGCCCGGAUGCGAGUGCCGCCCCCAACCACAACGCCACCGUCUCUGUCCUCGCAGACAGCGACGAGGUGUGGAAAGCCCGCAUCCGUGAGAUCCAGGGGGCCAUUCUUGUGGCCUCAAUGCUUCAGCUUGUUCUGGGCCUGUCGGGUCUCGUGGGGCUGGUUCUGAGGUUCAUCGGGCCCCUGGCCAUUGCUCCCACCAUCAACCUCAUCGGACUGUCACUUUUCAUCCAGGCCGGGCAAAAGUCAGGAGCCCACUGGGGAAUUGCAGCUCUAACCGUUUGCCUCAUUUUUCUCUUCUCUCAGUAUUUGAGCAAAGUUGAGGUUCCUCUCAUUGCUUACAAGGACAAGAAGUGGAAAGUGUUUCAAUAUCCGCUUUUCAAACUCUUUUCUGCUUUGUUUGGGAUGUGCGGAGCCUGGCUGAUUUGCUUCCUGCUGACGUAUUUUAAUGCCCUGCCUUCAUCGCCACAAGAGUACGGCUACAUGGCCAGGACAGAUAUAAACCUCGAUGCAGUUGCAAGUGCCGCCUGGUUUUAUGUGCCAUAUCCAGGUCAAUGGGGUUUACCUACAGUGAGUCUGUCGUCUGUACUGGGCAUGAUGGCUGGGGUACUGGCCUCCACGAUGGAGUCUAUUGGAGACUAUUAUGCUUGCGCCCGUCUCUCCGGUGCUCCUCCACCACCCACUCACGCUAUCAACCGUGGAAUUGCCGUCGAAGGCGUCGGCUGCAUGUUGGCUGCCCUCUGGGGCAGCGGUAAUGGAACCACCUCCUACAGCCAAAAUAUCGCAGCUUUGGGAAUUACAAGGGUUGGCAGCAGAUUGGUACUCCAGACAGCUGGACUUCUUAUGAUCUUACUGGGACUCUUUGGAAAAUUCAGCGCCGUCUUUAUAACCAUUCCAGACCCGGUCAUUGGUGGAAUGUUCCUUGUCAUGUUUGGCAUGAUAGCGGCAGUGGGAAUCUCAAACCUGCAGUAUGUGGACUUGAACUCCUCCAGGAAUCUCCUAAUCCUUGGCUUCUCAACUUUCAGUGGCCUUGUGCUUCCGACAUGGUUUCAUUCGAACCCGGGCAUGAUCAACACAGGCAUAAAAGAGCUUGAUCAGCUCACGAUGAUCCUCUUCACCACCCACAUGUUCAUUGGUGGAUUCUUCGGGUUUGUUUUGGAUAACACAAUACCAGGAACAGAUGAAGAAAGAGGAAUCAAGAGUUGGAGGAAAGCGGUUCAAGAAGGAACACAAACGCACUCCGCUGAUCUUUCCUGUUACAAUCUGCCUUUCUGCACAAACUUCAUUCAAAGGUUCAAACUGUUCCAGUACUUUCCGUUUCUGCCAUCCCUCAAGUCACAGGAGCAGGUAACACACCUGUAGUCCUGUACAUUGAGACUACAGGUUUAAAAGGGCACAUUCCAGACAAGCAUUCCAGGUGUGCACCAUUCUGACAUGAGUGCAUGAUGGGAGGACCAGUUCAUCAUUAAGGCCUCUGGGAAUCUGGUUGAGAAGUCAUUAACUGGCAUAAACUGUCUGCCAUUAUGAGUGAAUGGUAUGGUAUUGAGUGACCUCCACUAAAAAAAUGGCACCAGUUUCUGAAGGUUGGACAGCAGUUGGGAACAUCUGUCCUCAGUCAACUGUGGCAAAAAAACAGCAUUUGGAGGAGAAAAACAAAAAAUAUUUCAUCUAUUUUUUGGAAUACUAUCGUAUUUUUACAUGAAUAAGUGAGUUUGAGUUUCUUUGAUAUGGUUUUCCUAAUCGAGUUGAAUAGAGUAUACCUAAUUGUUUUUUUUACGUAAUGCAAAUAGUAUGUGUCUAAUAUAGAUUUCUGAAAUGCUAAUAUACUAUUUCUGAAUACUGUUGUACAGUAAAGUAAUUUUAUUUUUGCAUGCAUCAUUUUGACAUUUUAUGUGAUUAAAUUGACAGAUCAUUAUUUGCUGGAUAUUUUUGGAGGGGCCCAAGAAAAAUCUAAAGGGGGGGGCAAUGCCCCUAGACCCGACCCGGUCAUCUAUGCUACCUCUAAUAUUAUAGUAUAAUAUUUCUAAUCUAAAUUUAUAAAUCUUAAUUUUUUUAUUAAAGCUGUAGCCCAGUGGUUAGCGCUCCGGACACAUAUAUAUCACAGGGACCCAGGUUCGAGUCCCACACCCCGUCUCUUACCCUCAUGCUCCUGUCUGCCUCGCCUCUACUGUCCUAUGCAUAUAAAUAAAGAAAAUUUAAACCAUUAAAUAAGAGAAGGUCAUAAUCAUGGAUCCUCACAAGCAAAUGUGAUGCUAUAUUCAGCACUGUUUUUGUACAUGUGCAUUUCAUUUCCUUUCAACUUUUAGAUCAAAAACAGAACGAAGUGUCUAUGAAUAAACAAAUCAAUUUGUUUUUCUUUUAAAUUGAGGACCCAGAUAAUGUUCAUAUCUGUA